AUGAUGGACUCACUACCUGACCUCAUUAUCAAGGUGAUCUUUGACCUGCUACCAACCAAUGAUGUCAAUGCUAUAUGCUUUGCAUUGAGUUGCAAGAGGGCCCUACCACGUGUGCCAUACGAUGACCAACUACAUUACAGCAAAGACAACACCGUUCUCACGUUUGGUCAUACAUUCAAUCAGACAUUGGCGCCACCAUCCAUUCCCGAUACAGUCGAACAGAUCAAUCUCAGUUUCGACUUUAAUCUACCGAUAGGGCAGGGUGAGUUGCCACCGUCACUCACGAUGCUCAAGCUCUCUGGCAAGUUCAACCAACCCCUUGCGCCUGGCGUGCUCCCAGAGUCCCUCACCUCGCUUCACAUGACCAGUGAUCAGCCCUACCAUCACGUGUUGGGCGAGCGAGUCCUCCCCCCUUCGCUAACAAACUUGACACUUGGACGGAUAAGCAGUAGCAUACCACCUGGAGUCCUGCCUGCAUCACUCAGAAGCCUUGUGUUCACAAGUGGCUAUGAACAACCCAUUGCCAUUGGAGUGCUUCCUCCAUCCCUCACACAUCUUUGCCUGGGCAAUCUAUUCAACCAUGCUCUUGAUCCCGAUGUCUUGCCCACGUCCCUCAGGUAUCUGAACUUGGGCGAUGGAUACACAUGUCACAUCAGACCGGGAGUACUCCCGUCAAAGUCACUGCAUUCAUUGACGCUUGGAGGUGGCUUCCCCACACCCUUUGAGCCGGGCGCCUUACCGUCGUCAAUCACAUCACUAGUAUUCAAUAGCCAGUUUAACGAACCAUUUACAAGAGGCGUGCUUCCAUCAUCAUUGACAUUGUUAUACUUAAACACGAUACGGAAUCGAGACAUUGCUCUCGAUGUAUUCCCAGAGACGCUCACUCAACUGAUAUUCGGUGGAGGCUUCGAUCUUCCCAUCACACCUGGAUUGCUUCCCAACACUUUGCUCGACUUGAAUCUCGGACAGUACUUCUCACGCCGACUGGUGCCGGGCGGUCUACCCAGCUCGCUCACACGUCUGAUCUUGGGUCGAAGCUACGACCUGCUCAUCCCACCCGGAGCACUUCCCGACUCCAUCACAGACAUUGCACUUGGAUAUGGAUAUGAAGUAUCGUUCCCAUCAAACAUCAAGAAGAUAAUUAGGUCGAUGCGAGGUAUUGACUUGUCAUGGGUCGACAAGAUCAAUCGACCAUCAUUAGAGUCAGUCAGAAUAUCAGCAACCACUCAUUGGACAAGUGGCAAGAUGAUUGGUACCGUGUCCAAGUUGAAAGAGUUAUGUAUUCAUUUCAUCAAUAUGAAACAGACAGUUGCCAAUCAAAGAGAAGAAAGACAAUUGAUUGAUUCAGUACUGGGAAUGUCACCAAACGUCACGACCAUCCAAUUAGAGACCGGCUACAAUCCAAUCAACCUAAGAACAAUAGACAAUCGUUCAUAUCUAUGUUUGAAUCUAUUAUUAUUAAUAUUAUUAUUAUCGGACAAGAUCAUAUGA